GGAGCACACGUCAAACGGACAUUGGACACAUAUAUAUAUAUCCAAUUAUAACCAAGAAAAAAAACACUGGAGAUAGAAUCUAAAUUAUUUCUGUGAGAGAUGGAUUUGCCGGGAUGUUUCCGUCCCCGACAAAUUCCUUUUCUCCUAGCAUGGAUUUGUGUGGUUGUGUGUGUUGUAAGUGGUCGUUUUAUCAACUUCCAACGUGGAUAUGAGUACCAGUACACGUUCCAGUCCGACGCUUCCAUCAAAGACGUUGGCCAGUUUAACGUCCAGUCGAAGGUUAGCUUUACAAACAUACAAGAUACCCCUGGGGGCCAGGAACUGCUGCUGAGGGUAUACGGCUUCCGCUUCACUCGUGCGCAUGACCAAGGUGUGCCCGGACAUGAUUUGGAUCUCUCGAAGUGGUUUUCCUUCGUUAUAAGUCCCCACGGCGAGAUCUUCCGUGUUUACCACCCUCAGGAGGACGAUGAGGUGAUCGCCGUCAAGAAAGGCUUUGCAGCACUGCUAGCUGGAAAACUUCACGACAAACAUGAGGUCACUGGACAUUAUGGGGAUGAUGGGUGGAGCUACAAUGUGGAAGAAUUUGGACAUGAAGGUCACCACAAUGCUACCUACACGAUUUUGCCGCUGUCCGCAGGAACGUCAUUCAAGAAGAUUCGGCAUUCACAUCCAGUACCAAAUGCUAAAGGAAAAUAUGUCAAGACAAUGGACUUCCAUGACGACCUUGGCACAAUUCACUCAGUUAUGAUUGAGGAAGACUUUACGUCGCCCACACAUCCAAAGGACUUUGAUCCCCACUAUGGAAUGCGACGAGUAAAGGCCGUGAAUAAAUUCAGUACCAUGGUCUACCCCGAGAUGUCGGCCAUUAGCAAAGGUCACCUGAAGUUCCUUACAAGGUACACUGCUGAGGACAUAUGGACGAGGCCAACUGCGGGGAUCAAUGUGGGCAGUAUCCACAUAGACAAGUACAAUCCAAAAAAGCAAAAAGUGAAUGUGGAUGUUGCAUGGCGAGGAAUCCGCGGCAACUUAACCUGCAUGUGGAACCAACCAGACCAAGGCUCGCCAAUGUUGAACAUCUGUUUCUUCAAGAUAGUUGACAUCCUGCGGAGUUUACCUGAUGCAGAACUGACAAAGAUAGCUGAACAUUACUUCAACAUCAUCAGUCGAACUCUAAACAAAAACAAGGCCAACAUUCAGACAAUUUUGGAUGUGUUUGGUGUGUUGUGGACGGACCAUGCUCAGGAUCUGCUGACCAAACAUAUCUUCCUUAAUUCUGACCCAGACCACGCCCUCAUACAACGACUGCUGGUGCAUGUGGUGGGCGUCGACACAGUUCCAACAGAGACAAUACUAACAACAAUGGAAGACAUUGCCUUUAAUCCUUGGAAGUUCCCCAAGUCCUUCUAUAACCGAGAUACGUAUCACAGGACUCUACUGGCUCUGGGGUCGGUAUCAAACAAGCUGAUCAAGGCAGGCUUCAAGGACCGUGCCCUGUGGCUGAUGGACAAAGUACAUGACAUGGUGGGACUGCAUGACCCCUGGGAGUACCGAACAAAGCGAGCAGCCAUGAGUGAAGCAGAACAGAUAGACUAUGACAGGAGGCGCGUUGUUCUCUUGGAGACCCUAGGCAAUGCACGAUUGGACGAAUCUUUUGUGUACAUAAUGUCUCAUAUCAACACGACAAAUUCACCGUGGAUUAAACGUGCUGGGUGUCAUGCUCUCCGGAAAUACAAUCACCAAGAGGCUGCUAAUGUUCUACUGAAUGCUGCUAUAGGAGAUGAUGAUGAGAAUGUGAGAUACGAGGCCAUCCUCUUAUACCAGGCCCACCCUAAGUCCAGCGUCAUAGCACCAGUAGAUAACAGGGUGCGAACAGCCAAUGGAACCAGCAUGAUUGUAGACCCAUACUCAGCUGGAAUUUAUGAUGUGCAGCCUCAUAACCGCCGCAGACGGGGUGGGAAUGAACCGUUCCUUGAGUUUAACCUGCAGGCGCCAAGUGUAGAUUUUCGGAAGCUGCUGGGGUCGGAAUCUCUAGGGGCUUCUUUUGGUGUCAUCAUGGUCAAUAUGCUUGACAUUAAUAUUGCACCUUUGAGCGGUCACAUCAAACUAAAUGUUCAUGACGAGGCUUACGCAAGAGUACAUCUCGGCCUUCUGGGGGAAAAUCUGGACUUCUUUGUUGCAAGAAUUUGUUUUAAAGGAGAAACCAGCUACAACAUCAAUAUUUUACAGGAGGGAGAAAUGAAAAAGAUAGCCAAGUUAGCAAAGAAUUUUGACAAGUCCAUUAAAAAUAUCGUGAAUGCUGUGGAGACGGGUGUAAACCUCUUCAAAGAUAUCAUAGACGGCAAAUUCUCCAUCAAAGACAUUGUCCAGUCUUUUGUGGAUGCUCUACAAGAACUUCCAGGCAAGGUUUGGGAUCUAAGGUAUCGGGCGGUGAGGGCCAUGCAUAUGUUUGGACAACUGGAUGAAAAUGAACUUCCGAAAUUUCUACGUCCCCUUAGGAAUUUGAUAUACAAGGUCACAACUUUGUACUCUGAUAUAAAAACUGACGUCUUGAACUUCUACAAUACCCUUGUCCAAACCAUCACGAUCAUCAUUCCCCAGCAAGCCAAGUUGAUCUAUGAGGCCAUCCUGGAUAUCAUUGAUGGUUUCUCUGUUAUCACCAAGGAUCCAAAGACGGCCAUCAUGGGAAUUGGCAAGGGAGUGGUCACGGUGUUUAUGGCAGUAAAAGAGCUGCUGGAUGCCAAGAACAAAACGCAAGAGGCCUGCUUCUUCCUAAAAGACCAGAGACCAGAUUGGUGGGACUUGGGACAACAGUUUGACAUUAUUAUGGCAAUGACUGCAAAUGCAUCAAAUGCCAUCCAGGAUGAAGGGACAGCAUGGGUAAAUCAGCCAUUCGCCGAGGGAGAGGACCUGGUGGCAGCCUUCACAGGGGGAAAGAUGAAUACGAGUGUGGCCAGACAACAGCUAUUGGAGAAUCUGACAGCAAUUAGAGAUGAGCUACUGGAGCCAUUUGCAGAUCUCCGCACACUGGCCAAGAACUUCCUCCUUGAGUAUGGAAAGGUGUUUACUCUAGUCAAGAGCAUCAAGCAGGCUUACACCACACUGAAGGAAGGGUACGAUUUUGCUCGAUCGAUAAUUGAUAGAUUAUUUGGCCCAAAAGCUCACAAAGAUUUCCCACGCACAACGCGACUGGACGGUGGAGGCUGUGGUAAGGAUGGCUUUUACCCUUCAAAGCUCGACAAAAGUGGACAGGCUGAAUACGAAUUUGCCGGAGUUGACCUCACUGUCGAGGAGGACAUAAAUGUGGUGGCCCCCUUCCCAGGUUUGAUUUACAUCACAGACAAUGCUAACGAGGUGAGAAUCAAUGCCACAGGUGGCUCGCUCCGGGACAUUGUCAUUGUCAUUACCAACGUGAAACCGAAUAGCACCAUUCUGAAGGUCACGGACUUCAGCUACAUUGAGAAGCGGGUUGCUGGAGGCCAGGUGGUUGGUAAAUCAGUACGGUCUCCAUGUACUGGCAACAACCACAUCCAUUUCGCCAUGUUCAAGCCUGGAGGUCUCCUUAGUAACGACAUUGCGCCAAUCGAUCCCAAACGGUUCCUUGAGCCACGAUUCCCAGGCGUCCCGAAAUGGAUACAGCAUUGUGACGAUUACCGACUUGUAUAUAAGUUUGAGACAAUUGCAGAAGGAACCAUUGUUGGUUUAGGGGGACAAGGUCAGAACAACACAAGUCCUAAGAUGAAUAAUACGAAUGUGAAGCCAUUACCACAGCUUCCAAAAGCUAGUGAUCCUGGCCUGCCUGUUCAGUCCGUCAAAGAAAACCCAGCAGGAAUGUACACAAAGAAGGAAAGCCAGCCAACACUUGCAGAUGACCUUGAUCAGGGGAUUGAGGACCAAUGUCCAAGUCCAACCACCUACAAUCCGGGUACAUCUCCCACAACGACCACCACCACCACAACUGUCGCCCCGGCAACCAAAAAGAAACCAGGUCUGUUUUCCAAUUUACUGAAGAAAGCUGACAGUUUCCUGAAGAAGUUUUCAUUGCGAAGAUUAAGAAUGGGAACCAUCAUUGAGUUCCUAGAUCGUCUAGGCAUGGAUGAAAGUAAAGAGAAAAUGGCAAAUGUCAUAAAAACUAUCAAGAGAAUCAUCGACAACAAACCUUGCCUCAGCCCACAGCAGAUGUCUGACGAACAGCUACGAAUGGAAUUACAGAGCAAGGGCAUUAACUCUACCGGCAGUCGUGAAGUCCUACGAGCAAGACUGCUCAAGAAUGAAAACAAGUGCCCUCUGCUGUCCUUCACCAUGCCAAAGAAUGUGUACUGCACAUUCCAAGAAAACUGUAUGGGAGUCGAGUGCUGUAUUAACGCCAAGAUCUACAUGUUCCUCAAAGUGUUCAAAGUCUGGGCACGAUUCAACCCCUGUGAAUUUGAGUUCUCAUUUGGACUUGAAGAUUGGAACCACACCUUAACAAUGGAGAGGGUCUCAUUUGAUGGUCUAGAGGAUGAGAUCUAUACAGGACUAAAGUUGGAUAUCCUUGGUGGUGUGGAGCUGGUGAUCAAAUACAAGAUUCAGAAGACAGACUACGAAACAGUGGCGGACUUUGGGAUGGGGUUAUGUAGUAUGUCUGAUCCUACACAGUGUCCACUCUACUUCCCCCUCCUAGACAAGGCUGUUCUUCCCCUCCCGACUUGUUACCCUAACGGCACCGUUGUUUGGCCACAAGUCAAUUUUAAGGACUUCUUCAGUAAGGAUGCUAUAGCUAAACGUCUGAAGGAGGCUGGAGCUGCUGCUGUAAAGAUGGCUGCGGAGGCUGCUGCUAGUGCUUUACUUGAAGUCCUGGGCCUUCCCUCAGACAUGUUGGACGAGACCGAUCCCUGUCCUCGUGGAGAGAUCAAGACAGACAAACAGUUAAGGAAUGAGCUGACCUCUCGUGGUUUAAGCACUGUUGGAAAUCGACCCGAACUUCUGGCUCGCUAUAGUCUAGACGAUAGAACAUGUUCCGUGUUCAACAGAAGUCUCACUGUACCAGAAAUUGGAAAGGAAUCUCUGAAGAAGAUAAUGUAUUACUUCAUCUCGGAUAACUGUAUGAGACUAGACGCCUGUGCUGACAUCUCCAUACAGCUAGGAGAUCUUACCUACACCAAGGCCUUUAAAGCCCAUGUGGAGCUAGACCCCUGCAACUUCAUCCUCAAGGCCAAGUUUGAGAAAAUAUCCAUAUCUGUGGUUCUCAUAUCUUAUGAAUGGGGUAAAACAGAGUAUGUUCAAAUUUUACAAGAUGUAAUGGUCAAGUUCAGUAUUGGUAAAGAUGAUGUAAGGAAGGUGUUUGUUGUCAACUUUGGUAUAAGUAUAUGUCCCGCUGAUGGCUCCAGCUGCUUCAUAGACGACUACUUCCUCUCCGACCUUGAUGUCCCCAUCCCAAUUUGUAAUGAAAAUUUCACCCUGCCAGGUGGAGGGUCCAUCGGGAACUUCGUGGCAGAAAUUGGAGGCAAGAUGACAGCAGAAGCGUUUCAGUUGAUCCUCCGUAUGUUUGAUUUAGAUAAAGUAUUUACGGAAGGUCCAUGUGUGUUGGAGACUGGCCCAAAAGAUUGUCCUGUGUCCUUGGACCCCACGAGGUACCUACCGGACAGUGUGAAGAGCAUGUUCCGUUGUGAGAUGACAGAUGACUGUUUUGGGAUAAAGUGUUGCCUGGACCUUUCAUUUACUGUGCCUCUAGGAGAUGUAGAGGUACAGCUCAAUGUUCCAUUUCACUUCCAAGUACAGCCCUGUGACCUCAUGAUGGACGCCAAGUUAGGAACGUAUCGGCACCAGACUCAGCUGUUAACAUAUGAAUGGGGAACACCAGGGUCAGUUGACAUCGGAUCAGGAGAUCAGCCACCAAUCCAGAUCACAUACAACCUUGCUCGUAAUGAGGAUAAGACGUCACUGUUAAUAGACCUGGGACUGACAAUGUGUUUCCCACUGGAUGGGGAGUCGUUCUGUAUACCUGAUGGCAGCCCCCUAGAACUCCUGAAGGCAGCGGAGCUUCCAUGUGAUGCGAGGGCUUUGGCUAAUCUAACAAGAACCUUCAGCUUUAAAAACUUCACCAAUCAACUGUUGAAUGAGGUGGGCAAGGUGACCAGUAGGGCUGCCCUAGACGUAAUACUAAAGGCAUUGGGACUGGAAGAUUUUUUCAAAGAGCCUGCCUGUGACCCAACAAGGGGAAAGUACACUCCCUCAUCAGACAGUGGCUGGAACAACUUGUGUCCUCUUGGAAUUGUAAAAAUGCCCAAUCUUCCGGACAAGGCCAAGUGUCACAUCCCAUACCGAUGCUCGGCUGUAUACUGCUGCGCCAAAGAGACCAAGGUUACUGAUCUCUCCUUCGAGUUCUUCCUCGAUAUAGACAUGUGUAACUACACCCUUAAAGGCGGGGUCGAAUCUGUGACCUUUGAAGUUGAACUUCUCAACUAUGAAUUUGGAAAAUUAGAAACCAUCAACAUUGGGGAUGUUGUUUUCAUUUUGUACAGAUUGAAGAAACCACCUAACAGAAAGAUCUUCAUUAUUGACCUGAGUUUAAAGUUCUGUCCAGAUGCAGAUGAAUGUUUUAUUGAGAUCCCAGUUCUGGAGAGCACAGAAAUUCCGCAGAUUUUGUGCGACAUCAAUGCAACUCUUAGUCUAAGGGAUUUUAAUGUAAAAGAUUGGAUGGCUAAUCUACACCAGAACCUGACUCAGAGGAUGACCGGGGCAGCUCUGGACCUCCUCCUGCAACAGUUGGGUCUUGAUGACUUUCUAAGAGAUUCUCCAUGUAAUCGCUCAUCGCCCACCUAUUGGCCCAGUACAAAUGGCUGGAAAGAUGAUUGUGGUAAGAGUUUCCUGAGCCUACCUGACAUCUCGUCUUACCCACUGACUUGUGCCGUCCCUGACUUCUGCUCCGGGAUAGACUGUUGUCUGGAGUACUCCAACAGCUUUUUCAGCUUAACGCUCAACAUCUACCUUAUUGUCGACACAUGUAACUACGAAAUCCGUGGAGGCAUCGAGAACUUUGGCUUUGUCAUCCCAAUCAUAAAUUACAAAUGGGGUAAAGUGGAGACGAUUCUGUUAAAGACCAUACAAAUUACCUUCAGUAUCGUACGUCUUCCCGCGGCCAAGAAGUUUUUGGUUGACCUUGAUGUCAGUGUUUGCUUUGACCCUACUUCUGAUGGUAGUUGUGAUUUCACCCAGACAAUCUUCCAGCAGACCAAACUUCAGCAAAUCCUCUGUGACCUCAACACACCCCUGCUUCCAGAUUUUUCACUGAAGAAUUGGAUCCAGGACAAGGGCCUAGAGUUGGGCAAAAGUCUGACCACAGCUCUAGCCAAUAAGCUGUUAGAGGAACUAGGGAUCAUGCCCUUCCUGUACUCAACACCAUGUGAUCGGCAGGUCGGCCGAUACAUUGGGGACGAGAACGGCUGGAACUCAGCGUGCCCAGUAAACAUGACAUUGCCAAGGAUACGGGGCCCAGUGACCUGUCAUAUACCUGACUAUUGUACCGGAGUGGACUGUUGUGUGGAGGUGGGGCCCAUCGGUAGAUCCUUCAAUACCUACGUCCUAAUGGACGCCUGCAAGUUUGAACUCCGCAUUGGCAUAGAAAACUUCAACUUCAACGUGUCACUGUUCGCUUAUGACUACGGCAAACAUGAACAAAUUUAUCUCAAAGGAGUCAUCAGAAUUGAUUUUAUCCUGAUCAACCUGGAAGGGGAGAAGAAGUAUAUGUUGAACCUCAACUUGAGCAUCUGUUUUGAACAAGAUUCUGAUGACUGUCUGAUCUCGCUGCCAAUAUUUGAGGACUUUAAGAUGACUAAGUUGUUCUGUGAUUGGAAUGGAGGGUUUCAAAUCCCAGAUUUUUCCCUGGAUGGAUACAUAGGUAGCCUGGACCUUCCCUCAGGGACGACACUGACCGGUAUCCUACUCGAUCAACUGCUCGAGAAGAUUGGUCUUUCUGCAUACCUCCUGGAAACACCAUGUAGUCAUAGUAACGCACCCUUCGCAGCAGUUUCAGCCUCCAACAACUGGAAUGACGAAUGUGGACACAUCCCGAUCUUGCCUGCUCUACCUUCACGCGUACAUUGUCACUUGACCUCUAACUGUAUGGGAGUGAGUUGUUGUCUGGAAGUGGAGGAGAUUAGUAAGUCUAUCCACCUGUACAUUGAGCUGGACGCGUGCGACUACAUCCUCAGACUCGGUAUAGAGAAGAUACAGCGAGAGAUUCUGCUGUUUGAUUACACCUUUGGUACAGAGGACUUCUUCAGCCUGGCGGGCAUCUUCAGAGUGACGUACGAGAUAUUUGAUCUGAAGGAGGAAAAAGAAUUCCUGUUGUCUCUGUCUAUUGAUGCCUGUUUUGAGAGUAACAGCGACUGCACUAUCUCCGUCCCUGUGUUCGAUCAGCAACGUAUUCCUAAACCCCUGUGUAACUUUGAUGCCACCUUCGCCAUUGCAAAUUUCAGCUUUGAGGACUAUAUACGGGAGCAGGGCGAGAGGGUCGGGGAAGUGAUUUCAGGCCAGGUAGCCGACCAGGUGUUGGAGGCACUAGGCAUUGCCACCUACAUGUCAGACUCGCCCUGUGCAAGGACCCAGGCCCCAUAUUACUCCUCAGAAGAUGACCAUUGGAAUAAUGCUUGUCCCAAGUCAUUGAACCUGCCGUCCAUUUCUGGGCCCGUUUCCUGUCACGUCCCGGAUUACUGUACUGGUAUCGAAUGCUGUGUAGAUGUCCCUUUCAUCCCUAAGACCUUCCGCGUCUUCAUUCUUCUUGAUGCUUGUAACAACAAGUUUGAGAUUGGAAUUGAAAAGUUUAAACAAACCGUGUUCCUGAUCAGCUACAACUGGGGAGAAUGGAAGACAUUUUACUUGAAAGGUGUUGUUAAAAUCGACUAUAUGAUCCGUACCCUUCCUGAUGACAAGAUGUACGUCCUGAACCUCAACACGAGUGUCUGUCUGUCUGACGGCGUGUGUGACUUUGAUCAGGUCAUACUGUCGGACACAUAUGUCCCCAUCCCUGGCUGUGAUUGGACGACUGGGUUCCCUGACUUUUCCCUGUCUCAAUGGCUGCAUGACCAGGAACAAUCAGCUGGUGCAGUGUUGAGUGAAAUCUUUAUAUCUAAGCUGAUGGAAACACUGGGCUGGACUCCGUACCUCAAUAAUCCCAGCUGUAGCAUGUCUAGUUACCUACCAGCUAAUGCCGACAACUGGAAAGUCGCAGACUGUCCACUGGCGAUUGGUAACAACACCCUGCCAUCCCUUCCUGCGGACCUGUCUUGUCGUCUGCCCAGUCACUGUACCGGUGUGGACUGUUGUCUCUCCUUGGGCUUCAUCUCCCGCACUCUGAACGCCUACGUCGACGUUGAUUCCUGUCAUUUCACACUCAGCUUUGGCAUUGAGAAAUUACAGCAUGAAAUCACGCUGUUUACAUAUGAUUGGGGUAAACAAGAGCAUCUCUACCUGAAUGGAGGCUUCAGAUUGGAUUUUACCAUUGACAACAACGAGGCAGACCAAACCUUCGUCUUCAGCCUAAACAUGAGUCUGUGUUUGGAGGGAAUCUCUGGCAGCUGUAUGGAAGAGAUGACGGUUUUUAAGGAUGCAGUAUUACCUAAACCAGGCUGUAACUGGGCCAUGGGUUUCCGUAUUCCAGAUUUCGCCUUGAGUAAUUGGUUGACUGACAACGGAAUGAUCGUCGGCCAGUCUCUGUCCCGUUAUUAUGCUGCUAAGUUGAUGGAAUAUCUAGGCGUGGCUAAAUACAUGUUGACCACGCCCUGUCAACGUUCUAGCAGCUACUACAGUCCAUCACAGAACCAAUGGAAGAAAGACUGCCCUCUAGACAUCAGCCUCCCCAACAUCUUGUCUGUACCUAUGACGUGCUAUAUUCCGGAUUACUGUACCGGUAUUGACUGCUGCUUGGACGUCGAUUUCCUUGGCAUGUCCUUCCGUAGUUUUGUCCUCUUGGAUGGCUGCGGCCUCAACUUACAGAUCGGGAUAGAACAGCUUGCUAUCAAUGAGUCUUUAAGUGGCUACUUGUUUGGGACACCGAGACAGCUUUAUGUGGAAGGUGUCCUGAGGAUUGACUACCUGAUAGAGGACCUGACUGUAGAGAGGCAGUACAAGGUUGAUGUUAACCUUAGCAUAUGUCUGAACGCCGACCCCAGUGUGGCUUGUCUAUACUCUGUUGAAGUGUACCGUAACACACUCCUCCCCAAGCCUCUGUGUGACCUCAGUGGUGGCUUCUCCAUACCAAAUUUCUCGCUGGUUGAUUGGCUUACAACCAAGAGCAUAGCGAUCGGGUCAACACUGGCCGCCGCUGCGGCUACAGAGCUGAUGGACAAUCUGGGGAUAUCCUCAUACCUCAACACUGACCAGUGUUCUCUGUCCUCGGACACAUACGCACAUGCGGUCAACGGCUGGACAUCAGAAUGUCCGUUUGAGACGAGCCUACCAGCCAUCGGGUCCCCGGAUGUCCGCUGUCACUUACCAAGUUAUUGCUCUGGAGUGCAGUGCUGUAUUCAAGUAGACUUCAUCUCCCGCAGUUUCCAGGCCUACGCCCUCAUCAAUACUUGUACACAUCAACUGGAGGUUGGAAUUGAGAAGUUUAUCUUUAAGCAGAGUCUUUUCAACUACCUGUGGGGCACUAAGGAGAGUAUAUGGUUACUUGGAGUGGUACGAGUAGAUUUUAUCCUGACUGAGAAGUCCCUGACCUCGUAUGAACUCAACAUGAACAUUAGCGUGUGUUUUGUAUUAUAGUUUUAUCCUGACUGAGAAGUCCCUGACCUCGUAUGAACUCAACAUGAA